AUGAUAAAAGGAAUUAAAUUAUUUAAUAAUUUUACAAAUACAAAACAAAUUUUAUUUUUUAGAAGUUUUUCAACAGCAGCAAAAGGUGAUAGAUUAAAAGCAUCACAUUAUGUAAAAACAAGAGGAUCAUGUAAAUCAAUUUCAAUUGUUGGUUUACCAAAUAUUGGUAAAUCAACAUUUUUUAAUGCAUUAACAAGUUCAAAUGCAGCAAUGGCAGCUAAUUUUCCAUUUUGUACAAUUGACCCAAAUAUUGGUAAAGUUUUUGUACCAGAUGAAAGAUUAGAUUAUAUAUCAGAUUUAUUAAAAACUAAAAGUAAAAUUGGAGUACAAUUAGAGUUUGUUGAUGUUGCAGGUUUAAUUAAAGGUGCAGCAGAUGGUGAAGGUUUAGGUAAUAAAUUUUUAGGUAAUAUUAGACAAACAUCAUUGAUUUGUCAUUUAGUACGUUGUUUUGAAGAUAAAGGUAUUACACAUGUUAGUGAUGAAAUAGAUCCAAUUCGUGAUAUUGAAACCAUAGAGACUGAAUUGAUUUUAGCAGAUUUACAAUCAUUAGAGAAAAUGUUAACUGAAGGUAAAAAGAAACAGUCAAAUCCAGAAUUACAAAUGAAAUUUGAUUUGGUUAAAAGAAUUUCAGAAUAUCUUCAUAAAGGUUUACCAGCAAGGGAUGUAGAAAUCACCGAUAUGGAAUGGCCAGUUUUCCACUCCCUACAUUUACUCACCUCAAAACCUACCAUUUACACAUGUAACGUUGCAGAAGGUGAUGCUGCAACCGGUAACAAAUAUACAGAUUUAGUUAAAGAGUAUAGUAAAUCCAAGGGAUUGGAAAUUGAACCAGUUGUAAUCUCUGCUAAAAUCGAAUCGGAAUUAGCAAAUAUGGAAGGUAAUGAUGAAACUAAAAAAGAGUUUCUUCAAUUAUAUGGUUUGGAGAAUAAUGGUCUUUCAAAAGUUAUCAAUGGUGCUUAUAAAUUAUUGGGUUUACAAUCUUAUUAUACCGCUUCUUCAAAUGAAUGUCAUGCUUGGACUUUUAAAGCUGGCUGGACAGCUCCAAAAGCUGCUGGUGUAAUUCAUUCAGAUUUCGAAAAAGGUUUCAUUAAAUGUGAUACUAUUUCCUAUAACGAUUUCAUUGAAUGUAAAGGUGAUGAAAAAAUUGCAAAAGAAAAAGGUAAACAAAGAUCUGAAGGUAAAGCUUAUAUUGUAAAUGAUGGUGAUAUUUUAUUCUUUAAAUUUAAUUAA